CCAAGUUUUACUGUAUAUAUAUGGCAGCUGUGCGUUAGAAAUACACUGAAAAUAAAUAUGUGGCUUAUAGUUGGGGUAUCACAUGCUACAUGCAGUGGCAAAUCAACAUUAACACAGUCCCUGCAUAAACAACUACCUGGUUCAUUUUUGGUAUGUGAGGAUGACUUCUUUCUGCCUGUAGAUAGCCAGUGUUCAACAGCUGUUAACAGGAUGGCAUGGUCACCUCUAUAUGCGGAAAGUGAUAAAAUUGGGACAGUUCUUAAUCCUGGGUGCCACAGAGCAAUGCCAGAAGAUAUGGUAUAUUUGAAACCAGACGGAACUCAAUCGAUGGCAACACGUGAAAAAGACACUGACAGCACAUCAUCAGGAACAAAGAUGGCAGAUGGCUGUGGUGGCAAGCAAAUAUCAGGUGUUCAUAUUCUCAUUAUUGAAGGGUUUCUCAUUUUCAACGACAAGAAAACAGGUGACUUGUGCCACUGCAAUGUCGGAGCAUAUGAUCCUCCAGAUGUACCAGGCUACUUAGAUCAGUGUGUAUGGCCCGAAUAUGAGGAACAUCAUGAUGAAGUUUUCAAACAAGUUCCGUUAUUGUCAUAGACGGAAAUCAGAACAGAACCAGUGUAUUAAAACAGGUUCUACUACGUAUUAGUCAAACAUCUCAUGAGUUGCUUCAAUUACAGAAAAGUUGAUGGCUAAAUUAUGUAGCUGCUCUACUCUGGAUGAACAGAUAUUGAUGAAGUUUGGUGUUUUAGAACUGUUACUGAAACUUAACAUCCAAAGCAAAUGUAGUCUAAUAUGAUAAAAACUGUCAUAUGAAUGCCCAAAUACUUCUUUUCAGAUUAGUGUUUACCAGAAUGUAACACAAUCCCCUUCUAAAAAUUUAAAUGUAAAAACAAUGUUUUAAAAUCAGAAGAGAAUCAAUGAAUAUGGUCCAUUACACAGCACAAGAGAGAUAUAUAUAAAUACUGUAGAGAAACAUCAUGAUCAGAUCUUUUGCAUCCGUCAGAUAUUGGA